AGUCGUCAGUUCCUGCGUCCUGUGCGUGAUGACGUACGCCUGCUUGGUUUUUCUCACCCCACCUUCCACUCGACCCGUCACAUUCUUUGGUUUGCCGUCGUCUCGGACACACCUUAGCCGACAGAACCAUGUCUGACUUCUCAGAAGAUCAAAUCCUCGAGUUUAAGGAGGCAUUCCUGCUGUUCGACAGGACAGGAGAUGGGAAGAUCAGCUACAGCCAGUGUGGGGAUGUCAUGCGGGCCUUGGGGCAAAAUCCGGUUAACGCCGAGGUGCUCAAAGUCCUGGGCAACCCCAAGGCCGAGGAGAUGAACACCAAAAUGCUAGACUUCGAGCAGUUCCUGCCCAUGUUCCAGGCCAUUGCUAAGAAUAAAGAUCAGGGGACAAUGGAGGAUUUCGUGGAGGGACUCCGUGUCUUUGACAAGGAGGGCAACGGCACAGUAAUGGGAGCAGAACUACGUCAUGUCCUCACCACGCUAGGUGAGAAAAUGACAGAGGAGGAAGUAGAGACGCUCUUGGCAGGACACGAAGAUGCAAAUGGAUGCAUCAAUUACGAAGCGUUUGUUCGUCACAUCAUGUCAGGCUGAGGGCCGAACUGGUCAGAAUGGUUAUGAGCGGGUGAAGACGAAGAGCAACCCACUUUUUUCUUCUUUUUUUUUUUUUCAUGUACCCCCUUUUUCCAUUUAGCUUCUUUCCAUGAGUUAUUACUCCAUCUUUAAUUUAAGAAGUGCCUUUACAUUCCUCACAAAAGAUCCAGGUUUUGCUUCCAGGCCUUUUCACCUGUGUGACCAACUUUUAUUCAUUUGGGUUUAUAUUACCUGCAGCAGCAUUUCAUCAUGUAAGAACACAUAAAUCAUUAUGCAAUAACUUCUGAUUAUUAUAAUUUUUUUUUAGAUAAGACCUUUAAAAUACAUAUACUGUCACCAAACUGCUGUGUCAUUGGCUAAGACUUGCUACGGCUGAAUAAAAGUGUUUCUGACUGUACGGUAAACCAGUGUAUUUAAAGCCAUACUAAGGCAGAAAAAAAGUUUUCUGUGUUUAGAAUUCAAACAGAUUUUGUUGCUGCAUUUAAAUAAAUGUUUUCUGGGAACCCA